AUGUGUCCAUCUGCUCUGUUGGUGACCAAGCAGAAGCCUGGAUCAGGAAGCCGCCUGUGCUGCAGGAAAUCCGGCUGCCGCGUGAGUGUACUAGACAGUGUGAUGAGCAAGCUGGAAGUGUACGCCAAUCACACAGAGGAGGUGGUGGAAGAGAGGACCAACCAGCUGAUGGCCGAGAAGAGGAAAGUGGAUCAGCUUUUAUCCACAAUGCUGCCCAGCUGCACUGGAGAACAGCUUGUAGCAGAAAUGUCCGUGGAACCAGAGCAUUUUGAGUCGGUGACAAUCUUUCUCUCUGACAUUGUUGGAUCCACAAAACUCUGCUCUCUCGGCUCCCCCCUGCAAGCUGUGAAGCUCCUUACUGACCGGUACAGUGUAUUUGCUCACAUCAUUAAAACUCAUGACGUGUAUAAGGUCUCUCAGAGCACUGCGGGCAUCCUGCUGGCGUUGGGAGGGUACGAUUUGCAAAAGAGAGGCACCAUUCCAGUCAAGGGCAAAGGAGAACAAACCAAGUUCUGGCUGAAGGGCAAAGAAGACUUCACUAUUCCACUCCCCGAAUUUGCUGAGGAAGAAGCUGAAGUCCCAGAGAUCUUCUGA